UUUUUAUCGGCCGUGAUGGCUCAUAAGAAGUUUUUCCUACACGUAGCAAAUUGCCGCAGCUAUUGUCUGAUGUUAGCAUGCCUUUACGUGCCUGGCACACAGGGGGGGGUAGGCCCUCUCACCCGCCGGGCCCCCUCAUUACGGCCCUGCACACCUGCUUCCUAUUGGACAAGCUACCGAGCCUUUCAUGUUCACCAGAUGCUUAUUAAACUUUACAACUUUAAGAGCGUGCGCUGCUAGCGGCUAACGCUAACUCACAAAUGCACCCCGUGAACAGUCGACUGUUAAAUGCCAUCAGGAAUUUUUUUCGCAAUCACAACUGUCUUUUACUGGAUUGUUUUAUGUAUACGGCAAAAUGGCGUUUAGCAAGGGACAAACGUUCCACGACCAUUUGCCAAUCUGUGUUAAAAAGAAAUGAAACAUUUUUUAGUUUGAGGCCCUCACAUAAUUCACACCCACACAUAACACACUAAAAUGUAAUGCAAUACUCCUUUAUCAAUAUUCCUAAAUUCUCACUCACUAUCAAAAAACUGGAGAUUAUACACAUAUUUAUGCAUGUAUACAUUAUGUAUGUGUGUGCGUGCAUGCACGUGUGUGUUUUAUAGCAUGCCAGUGGGUGGGUGGAGGAAAGUGCUUCAAUUUCAUCUUUACUUUUAAAGCAUCCUGCAUUUCCAGCAGGGGGCAUGGGUGGGAGUGGGGGGGGGGAGGCGGUCAUAGAAGUGAAGGGCCUCCCCAAUAAAAAAAAAGGAGCCCAAGAAAAGAAAGUUACUUGCCGACUUACCUGAGGAUCAACUUUCACCAGGCAGCUUCAACUGUUUCAAUUUUUCUUCUGGCCGGCCUGUCAAUCAUCUCUCCUUGUAGAUAGACGCAAACCCAAUGACAACAAAAUGUCUUCAUCAUCAUGGAGUCACUCCUCCCGCAUGAGGAGGACCAGAUGCACACUAGGUGGGAAGUUGGAAAACAAACCUGAUCCACUCCUUUCUUUUCUCCCCUUGAUUUUACUCCUGCUGCUGCCGUUGCGCUUCAUUCGGUUCCUUCCAGCUUCGGCUAGAAUCAGUGGCGCUACGUGGCAUGUUGCGCAAGAUGUGGGGCCGCAUUACAUUGGUCUUAUUCAGGGCCCAAGCAGCGACCGCUACGAGGUCCAUGUUUUUACUCUAGAAAUGAUGAUUAAUAUUGUCACCUUCAACUCCUGUGGUGUUGGGAAAGUUGCAAAUAGAUGUCCCUAGUUCUGUUUUAUCGUUCAUGAUGGUUGCUUGUAUUUUCUGGAAGUCAAAAAAUAAUGUGUAAUGAUUACUCCUUUAUUGCGCCUUUCUACCGCUAGGCUGCAGCAAGCAUUUAGCUAAUUAGCUAACUAUGCCCGUACCCAGGAAAUGCAUCUUCUCAGGAUGUCGCGGGUUACAGAACAUCUUGCUAUCAAUACUUCAAAUUUCAAGCAAGGUGGAAUGGACGAGUGCGUCGCCUGUCCACCGGUCAGAAGGAGCCCCAGUAGCUUGUUAGCGUAUGAGCUAGCUGAAAAUAUCUCAGCUAACCAGUGAUAUAUUUUUGGGACUCACUGUUGGGUUGUUUUGGCUUAAUAAAGUUGCUAGAUGAAAUAGCAUUCAUGUUUCUGGUAUUAGCAUUUGUAUUUGACCGUUGACAGUGGCUUCAUUUUACAGACAAGGCAAUUUUGUUUUAACUGUUGAAAUUUGGCGGGGCUUGUCUUCUCUGUAGUGCCAAAUUUGAAAAUGUUCACUCAGAGGGACUUGAAAAACCUGACAAUUAUGACUUGCCGACUUCAGUUUUGUAUUCUAUUUAUAAAAGGUUAUCGUCAAUUUUCUUGUCGUUUUGUUUCAUGGAAGCUGAGGUAACUCCUCCUCUACAACACACACUCGCACACACAUGCUCCUCAGACUUCAUGCGAGCUGCAUACUCCAGCACAAGAAGAACAAGAAGCAGAGGAUGAAGUACGUUCCUGUGGCCGUCUUUGUGUUCUUCUGCUGUUCUCCACCGACAGGAAGUGGAAGCGGCGCUCAGCAGAAGCAGCAUGCGGCACAGGCGGCGACAGGAGGGUUGACGCGGGGGUUGACUUGGCGCCACAACGGGCAAGUCUUCAGCAUCUUGAGUCGGGGGUCCCGCUACCAGCCUCCUACACGGAGCAGGAGCUCUUCCGGUAGCGGUGUGGUGCUCCUUGGCAGAGGUAACGAGACCUCUGCCGCAAUCCCAGCUGUCCCACGGAUGCCAGCGACUCAUGGGGCAGCGCAGUUACGAGCUACAGCGCGUCGGCGAUCGCCACUAAGAUCGGACCUAAGUGCAACCCCAAGACCAGAGUCUGCAGAGGACAGGAUGGUCGGAGAUGAUCCGUACAACCCGUACAAGAUGUCCAACUACUAUCCAUACCACAACUACUACAACUCCUACUACAGACCCAGGGCAUGGACCCGACACUGGCACGGGUAUGGAACCAGGUACCACCAGAAUGGUCUUCCCGAUCUGGUUCCUGAUGCAUACCACAUCCAAGUUGGCUCCUACAUCCACAGAAUUCCCAUGUACAACCUACGCUGCGCAGCUGAGGAGAACUGCCUGGCCUCUUCUGCGAGGUCUGCCGGAGAUUACGACACGAGAGUUCUGCUGAGGUUCCCUCAGCGUGUGAAGAACCAGGGAACCGCUGACUUCCUGCCCAACAAAGCUCCGUACUCCUGGGAGUGGCACAGCUGUCACAAUCACUUUCACAGCAUGGAUGAUUUUAGUCUGUACGAGCUGGUGGACGCCGACACCAACAAGGCGGUGGCGGAAGGACAUAAGGCCAGCUUCUGCCUGGAGGACACUUCCUGCGAGGCGGGAUACUACCGGAGAUACGCUUGCACCUCGCACACGCAGGGUUUGAGUCCGGGCUGUUACGACACAUACAACGCUGACAUUGACUGCCAGUGGAUCGACAUCACCGACGUGGCUCCAGGAAGAUACAAACUCAAGGUGACCGUAAAUCCCAAGCAAAAAGUUCAGGAAUCAAACUUUGCCAACAACGUGGUCCACUGUGAUGUCCACUACACGGGAAACGCCGCCCACAUGUCGGCAUGCAAGACCACAACAUAAGGAAGGAAACCACUUGGGCCACAUCAUGUUGAUGUAAUUUAUUCCAUUUAAAAUAGUCCAGUCCAGUUUAAACUAGUGUACCAAUCUA